AUGAGUAGGAAGAAGCAGGUAGAAGGACGGCUGUGUGGAGACGUAGUCCCUGUGUUCACCUCUCUGGUCAAAGCCAGAGUACAGAACCCCAGACAGGACCCCAGACAGGACCCCAGAGAGAACCCCAGACAGGACCCAAGACAGAACCCAAGACAGGACCCCAUACAGGACCCCAGAGAGAACCCCAGACAGGACCCAAGACAGGACCCCAGACAGGACCCCAGAGAGAACCCCAGACAGGACCCCAGACAGGACCCCAGACAGGACCCCAGACAGGACCCCAGAGAGAACCCCAGACAGGACCCCAGACAGAACCCCAGACAGAACCCAAGACAGGACCCCAUACAGGACCCCAGACAGAACCCCAGACAGGACCCCAGACAGAACCCCAGACAGGACCCCAGACAGGACCCAAGAGAGAACCCCAGACAGGACCCCAGACAGGACCCAAGAGAGAACCCCAGACAGAACCCCAGACAGAACCAGACAGAACCCCAGACAGGACACCAGACAGAACCGCAGAGAGAACCCCUGACAGGACCCCAGACAGGACCCCAGACAGAACCCAAGACAGGACCCCAGACAGAACCCAAGACAGGACCCCAUACAGGACCCCAUACAGGACCCCAGAGAGAACCCCAGACAGGACCCCAGAGAGAACCCCAGACAGGACCCCAGAGAGAACCCCAGACAGAACCCCAGACAGAACCCCAGACAGAACCCCAGACAGGACCCCAUACAGGACCCAAGACAGAACCCAAGACAGGACCCCAUACAGGAUCCCAUACAGGACCCCAGACAGAACCCUAG